UCUCGCCCCAUUGCUGUGCCUGCUCGCCGUCGUCAUCGUCACCGCGACAGGCACCCGAACUCCUCCUCUGCACCGACGCCCCCUUCCACUCUCUCUUUUGUUUUCUGGUUUUUGCACGGCCGUCCGUCGCCGCGGCCGCGAACAGCCGCCGGGAGGGUUCGCCCACUUUUUCUCUCCUUUUCCUGUCUCUUUCCCCCAAGCAGCAGCAGCAGCAGCAGCAGCAACAGAAGCAGUAGCAGCAGAGACACAAAUGAUGCUCGUCGAGGACAUGCUUGUCGCCGCCGCUGACGGCCAGCGAGGGGCGGGCGUCUCGAGCGCCGAUCUUUUUUUCCUCUCGUCGUCUGCCUCGUUUGACGCGAUGCAGGCCGGGAUGGGCACGGUGGCAGGCCAGGACAACGACAAAGACAGCGAUGAUGGCGACGAUGGUGGUGGUGGUGGCGUCGAGGAGGAGGUAGCUAACACGUAUGGAUGCGCCUAUGGCCAGGGCGGCACGGUGAGCUGGAGCGCGUGCGAGGACCGUGUCGGGCUGCACCACAUCACUACCAACACCACUGCCACGCCACAGGGCAGUGGGCCAGCAGCGACGAUUGACGGUGGCUGCUCCAGGACGGCCAGGCUCACCUCGCGCCCCUUUUUCGCAGACGACGGCGACGCACCACAGCAGUCGCAGCCGCAGCAGCAGUCGUUUGUCAUGGACGGGGGAGCCUGGGACAGCUGGAUAGCCUCGUUGUCGACGACGCAGAACGAGGCUCUGUUUGCGCUCCAGGCCACGACGGUCGAGGAUGGUUUUUCGCUGCCCACGAACCAGCAAACGCCCGCGUCGGCGUCGGCAUCGUCGGCCUCGACGCUGGCCUCCUUUUCGUGGCGCUUGGAUGACAGUCCCACGAGCACAGCAGCGAGCAUGGAGCCAUCGACACCGACGACGCCGUCAUGGGCCAGGGCAACGGUUGGAGAGGUGGUUCAGCAGCAGCAGCAGCAGCAGCAGCACGAGGCAGCACCACCGACGAAGAAGGGCGACUGGCCGUGGCAGAGCAUGCUCGAUGCCACUGCUGCCCUCUCGACGGCCAAUAAAGACGAGAGGUGCUUCGAGUGCGGCUGGACGUUGGCAAGCGCCCUGUCAGUCGCCGAGGGCAGCAGCCACAACGACGAGGGCAAGCUGCGCAUCCUGAGCCGCCACCCGGCGCUGCAGGCCAACGACGCAGGCCGUGCCUACCUCUGCUCGCGCUGCGCCCGGUCGGACAAGUACGAGCUGCUGAGUACAAAGGAGGCCCAGCGGCGCUUCCGGCUCAAGCGCAAGGGCGCCAGCGAGCUCCUGCGGCAGGUGCCCCACGUUCGCGUGGGCAGCAGCAAAAAGUACUGGGUCCACCACCUCCAGUGGGUCGCCGACUGCAGCCAGGCACUCGCAGGCCCAGACGACGACGUCGUCGUCGACGGCGCAGAAGACGUCGCAAAGGCAGCGCCCCAGCCAGCUACAAAACAGAGGCAGCAGCAGCACCAGAACGACGACUCGACCAAGCGCAAAAAGAGGGCGCGGACCGCCUCGGCGCAGCACCACGGCGCCGCCGCCUCACCGUGGGAAAUGGCCCUGGCGAUGAGCGGUGUCAUCAUGCCCGUGACGCUGACGAUGUCUGGCUCGUGCAGCCAGGCGCCCGUGUCGCAUCAGGACACGCUCCCGAGGGAGCCGCAGCAGCAGCAGCAGCAAGACAACGACGACGAGGCGGCCAGAGCAGAGGCCUUUCUAGCCCAGUUUCGCUACACCGACCUGUUUGGCCACCUCGAGGCUGCGUCCUGGGCUGCACCUUCCUUUGACUGGCCCAGCACUGGCGAGAGCGACUGUCUCGGUCUGGUUGCCGAGUCCAUGUCUCUGUGUGCGCCUCCUCCCCGCAGCCUGACAGACGCAGUCGGUGAGCCACUGGAAGAGUGCGAGGCAUCGUGCACCUCGACGCCCUUCUACACCGACGACAACGGACCCGGAGACGAAGAGGACAGUGACAGCGAGGACAGCGAGGACGUGCUGUCGGCCCAAGAGGUCAAGCAGCGCGCGGCCCAGCGCAAGGUUGAGCUGGACCAGAUCCGGCGAGACGUCCGCCUCGAGCACCUGUUCAGCGCCAUGAAGCGCCUCGAUCGGGGUCCGUGUCACGCUGAUGCCGACGCCGACGCCGACGUCAAGUGCAACGACGACGAUGAAGACAGUGGCAGCAACGGUAACGACAGGAGCACAACGCACGAGGAAAUGUUCGACUGGAUCAGCACCAGGGCCGGCGCACAGCACCAAGAGGCCCUCCACGCCUUUGUCGCAGGCCGGUGGAAGGAGCUCGACGAGCGAUGUGGGGGCAUGGGCCCCUGCGAGGUCGAGCGCAUGGCCGCCUACCUCAGCCACAAUCCACCGCAGCCCCAGCAGAAGGGACCUGCCGCAGAGGCGCCCGCAGAGACUCCCGCAGAGGUUGCCGCGGUGGCUCCAACGGAGGAGGACGGUCCGCCUCCCCGCCCGCCCCACUCCAACGGCUAUCCCUUUGAGACGCUCGUCUCUCUUCACUAGAAGGACUUCUUCCUGGGACACACAUCUCCCUUCACUAAACGUCCCCUCUCUGAGGAGCACGCCUUCCUUCACUAGCAGGAUCACCUCCUGGGACACA